CAAGGGGGCCAUCCCGUGUCAACUUCCUGAAAUGCAAACAUUUCCCGGCACGUGCUUGGUCUAAGAACCAAUGCGUGUUUCUGGCACAAUGCAGGAAAUCAUUCUGGAACAAGCAAAUGUGCUCCACAUGUGGUGUAAAUCAUGCCAUUCCCGCGUUUACAGCGCCCUACCUUUGAGGAGCUCAAGCGUUUCUGCACUCGCAGACAUCAGCAUGUGAACACUCCGCCAAGAGCUCCUCGUAGAGAUAGAGAGCUGAGCUAUGCCAUGCAUGAAUAUCAGCGUCGCCCCGGAAAUGGAGAGGUUCACGCUGCGUAGAUAAAGGAUCGGAAAAGCCGAUCGAGGACAUCCGUAUAAGAAGCCUCACAUCACUCUGACAACCCAAGACAGUCCAAAUCACAUCAUUUAUCUCAUCAACUACUGGUCAACUGCAUUUAUCUCCAUCUCCACAAAACAAGUACAACCCACAUUUCUAUACUUAUAUAUAUAUAUCUUCACAAUGGCCACCACCAGCGUGCACAUUGGUUCUUAUGAGAGCAUCCCUAGCAGCGCCUCUCCCGGCCUAGUUUUCCUCAAGGAGCUCCUUCCUUCCUGGGAUGCUCUCGGAAAGCCUUCGAAGCCGGUCCGUGAGUUUUUCAACAACGAGACCGUUUUCGUGACCAAUUCCAAUGACCCUACUCCUGUCGGUCAGGUUCUGCAGGGCCUUAUCAAGCGGGUCGAUAGGCUUGCCAAAUUGCACCGGGAGGUUUCUGUGGCUUAUGAUAUUGGUAAAGAGGAUGGCAGCCGCACUGUUAUUUUCGAAGCUAUCAACACGCGAGUGCUUAAGAACGAUCCCUCGAACACCGAAGUCAAGGGCAAGGAGGUCACCAUCCUGGAGCUCAAGCCGGUUGAUGGCAAGCUCGUUGCUCUGGAGGCUCGCACCACUCUUGAGAACCAUGCCCUCAAUGUGCAUCAGCGCAAGAUAGGUGGUGGUGCAAAUGGUGCCUAGGCUUUAGAUGGCAAGUGAGCCCGUGACUCGACCAUUGCGGAUGGAAUUUGCUUGAGCAUGAUUUAAUGAAAACUUAGACAGCUAGUUCCACAUCCAAGCCUUUGGUUCGGGGAGAAGAAAUUUUUUUUAAAGCUUUUCUAAAUAGAGAGUAGUAUUUCAUCAAUCUAUGUAGUUAUUAGACUCAUCUAGUGGUGGCGUGUGUUUGGCUUAAUACAUACAGAUGUCCUCGUAUGAACGUGCGACGUCCGGAUUCCAUUG